UCUAAUUCUGGAUGUCGAUUUCUCUAUCCACGCAAUCACCCAGUUGUUGACAACAUUGGCGAAACUCUAACACAAGGAUAUAUAAAGAUCAAAAUAUACGAAGGCCGGUUUAUUGUCAUGUCGGAUAAAGCCAGUUCUCUCGCAUAUCACAGGAGUGUUGAAUCAUUCGACAGCAGCUUGUCUGAGAUGAGUGUCAAUUCUGACUACAAUGCCGACUUCAAUCUGGGCAUGAGAGCAGAGAUCCAGCAACUUUACCGCCCCGACGACCGAUCGGCUUGGAGUGAGUCGGUCCCAGACAAGAUUGUGACUGGGGUGGAGGCCGGUUCUUAUGCCCAGGAGUGCGCGUUUAUUGUACGCCGCGAGCCCCAUCCAAUCACUUACCAAGUCGCCAUCGUUUCUAUUACGAUACAAAGCCCCUUGAUCAAGAAGGUGCUCGACAGGACAUUCAGAGGCUUGGAAGGUAUCAACACUCAAUUGAAACAGUUGACCUUUAAAGCACCUUUUCACUCCUUCUACUAUCGAUGGCAUCGCUUUGAGAGGCUCUGCGAAGAAGAACAGAAUAAGGAAGCUAAAACGCAUUUAGACCUUUUGUAUCAGAUUCUCAGAGGCGAGAUUGUGCCCCAAAUUGAAGCCAUGACUGACCUGGUCAAGAACAAGGUGAUUACCUUCGACUAUCUGUGGACUAUCUUUGCCCCUGGCAUGGAAGUAUACACCAGGCUGGAUGGCCAUGACCGUCUCAUGGAAUUGACCGAUAGUCGGUAUGGAGCUAAUAUGAGCGGAGAGUUCUUUACAUUGGAAUGUCGAUAUAUCGAUUGCGAUGGGUCGAAUUUUGGUUAUGUCUCAAGCUCAGUCGACAUUGCAAAAUUUGAGGGCGUGAAGAGGAUUUUAGAUCUGGACGCGUUUCCCAGCCAUCUGCAUCCGGACUCUGAGGGACUGGUUGAUCGACUACAUGUGCGUGGGGAGAAAUUUGAGCAACUCAAUGGAUUUCAUCACAUGGCGUACUCAGGAUUCUACACAGCCAGAUCCUCGAGACAGAUCCGAAAACGCCAUGUGGAAAACAGCCGUAUCAUUAUUGAUCCCCACACAUUCAACCUCUACGGCGCAUCUGGGCCUAGCCUUGAGCUGAUCAACUCAGAGUCAGAUUUGCAUAUGAGAUCAGCAGAAGACGAUCUACUUGCUGGAGCUCUUAAUGUGAUAUACAGAGCGGCAAGUAAGGCUUUUGGGGUGUAUCGGAAUACACUGGGAAAGUAUGAGAAGCGUUGGAAAGAUGGCGAGACAGGUGGCUGUCAGACAUUGAGUCCUAAGCAGCGCUUGCUCUGUACCCCGAUUGUACGUGGUUACUGUCUGACUUUCAAAACAUGGGCCGAGUUUUAUGUUGAAAAUAUUUGUCCAAUUAAUUGGAACAAGAAUGCUUUCCCUGGGCUUGUUCUUCCCCACGGCUACAAAGAAAUUAUCCGAGCCUUUGUUGAGGAGGAACUGUCCCGCGACGAUGGUUUUGAUGAUAUCGUUUACGGAAAAGGAUUGGGCUUUAUCAUGUUGUUAAGCGGAGACCCUGGGGUUGGAAAGACACUUACAGCAGAAUCAGUUGCCGAGGAGAUGUGUCAGCCGCUGUACCUGAUGAGUGCGAGCGAGCUAGGAGAAACAGUCACCGAGGUUGAAGAAUCGCUCGAACAGGUUUUGGAACUGACCACCAAGUGGAAUGCUAUUUUACUGCUCGACGAGUGUGACAUGUUUCUUGAGGCUCGCUCCACGGCCGACAUGAGGCGCAAUCGUCUUGUAUCCGUAUUCCUAAGACAGCUCGAAUAUUACCGAGGUGUAAUGUUCCUCACCAGCAACCGUAUCAACGACUUCGAUGCUGCCUUUGAGUCGCGAAUCCACCUAACCAUCCACUAUCCUCCCCUGGAUUUACCAAGUCGACUCCAUAUCUGGAACACAUUUGUUCAGAUGGGAGAUGUGGAGAGUCGACUGACCGAAAAAGAUCUGGAAACACUGGCAAAGAUCGAGGUUAACGGGAGACAGAUUAAGAAUAUCGUCAAGACGGCUCGCUUGCUGUCCAAGCAGGCGGGAGUUCCCUUGGCGAUGGAACAUGUUGAAAUGGUUCUUAAGGUGAAGAGGAGAUUACUUGUGUGA